GGGGAUUUUAUCAUUUUGUUCUAAGAUAAAUAAUUCAUAUAAAUUGGAGUCUCACUUAUAGAGAGGAGGAUGGGAAUUCAUUUUCACCUUCGUUGGGAGUUUCAUUUAGGAGGAUUCAACAAAAAUACGAAGAAAAUAGGAUUAAAAUCAUCCAUGUAGUUAACAGAAUUCAACAAGAAGACGAAGAUGAGCGAAGAGGAGAGAAGGAUCGUCCAUCAAUACCAGCAAUACUACGGCACGUUCCAACAAGUACCCGGAUCCUAUUAUCCUCCGCCGCCGGCGGGAAUUCCUCAGCCCGUUCCUCCGCCGCCGUCGGCGGGCAACGGCCAACCUCCCAUCGCCCCUUACUCCGCCCCCUACUGUUAUGCUAAUGGGUACCAGCCUAUUCCAGUAUAUAAUGGAGUCGCUGAAGGAAGACCUUUGACCGUAAGGAUGCAACGCCUUCCUUGUUGUGGCUUGGGUAUUGGCUGGUUUCUGUUUAUUAUUGGUUUCUUUCUUGCUGCCAUUCCCUGGUAUGUUGGAGCCUUCAUUCUACUUUGUGUCAGAGUAGAUUACAGGGAGAAGCCUGGGUUUGCCGCCUGCACAAUUGCUGAUCAGCAUCAGCUACAUGAAGAAUCGUAUUUUGAAGCGUUUGCAUGAGAUCAGACUUCUAAAUGAUAAUCUAUGGCGUGGAGAUUUCAAAAUUUUCAAGAAUGAUUCAUCCUUUUACCUUGUGAUGCCAAAUUCCUCAUUUUAAGAAAGAGAUGUGAUAAAGAUCACUGUAAAUUAUUCUGUCUUCUAAAAAGGUUGUUAUUUGUACAAACAGGCUGUUGUUGCUGCGGUUGCUGUGAUUGUUGGUGCGACGAAGCAUGGUAAUCAAUGGUGAAUAGCGCAACAAUGAAAUAAAGCUGUUAUCGGUGUACAUCUGUACUCAAGUUCCGAAUUCUGACUGCGCCGUGUUAUUUGUAUAAUUAUGUAGCCGUGUGCUAUUAAUUUUCUUAAGCUCCAUGUAAAUUCAGCAGUAUAAAUAUGUAGCCUUGUGUUAUUAAUUUUCUUAAACUUAAAAAAGUUUGUUUGUUUGGUACGAUCAUAUAUUUGGUUUA